CCGGUCAAUCCAGUCCGGGGAGGUAAAAGAAAGUUAAAGAGACAGUCACGACCAUUACGUCUAUAGAUUUAGACAAUUUGUAUGUAUUUACUGUCCCUGUAAGCUUAAAAAUGCUUUCUCUGUCAACGAACAUUCAACCACAGGUGACAGUUCCCCUGAGUCACCUCCUUAAUGUGCUCCAUACUCUGAAGAACUCGGUUGGAAGCAGCAGUACCAUCAGUAAAUCAAGACUACCCAGCGAGCACGCCUCUCAGUCGGAGCUACAUAACCCAGAGCUCCUGUGGAAUCUACGGGAGCUCGGCCUGUCAGAUUUGGGUGUCCAUCAGCUGAAGGAGCUGGAGUCGAACCUGUUACCACGUUUGAAUUCACAAGAACCACCACCCCCGAUAGCGACUGGUACUCAGACGAUCUGGAGAACGUCCCACCUUUCCACACACUCCUUUUUCCUUAACAAGCAUGGCUUCUCCAGUCAAGUGUCAGCCCCCGUUUUUUCCAGGCAGAACCCGUCUCCUCUUCGUUCUAUCUGCACGGAGCUGCACCACUGUUCAGUGUGGAUCCAGCGCAGAGGUUUUAAAACCUUGAGGAGCAGAACCAAAAGACAGCAGUCGGCCUACGAGCGCCCGGCAGAAUAUGAAGGUUUUACUCCGUCUUUCAUGAAGGGCUUUCUGGCACGUGACAAGGGCAUGGAUAUGGAAGGUCUUGACACUCGAACGAAAAGCGGGAGCAUCCCCGAUGGGCAGCAUGAUGCUUUUAACAGAGGCUUCGCUGAGGGUUUUCUUAAAGCCCAGACUCUGACGCAACGAACACAAGACUCCCAGAGAAGGAAUCGUCUCAUUCUGCUGGUGUUGCUUCUCGUGGGGCUCUACGGCAUCUCUAAGACACCCUUCUUAUCGGUGCGGUUCCGAACCACAACAGGCCUGGACUCCUCCGUGGAUCCCGUCCACUUGAAAAAUGUGACAUUUGAGCACGUCAAGGGCGUGGAGGAAGCAAAGAAUGAGCUGCAGGAUGUGGUGGAGUUCCUGAAAAACCCCCAGAAGUUCACGGCCCUGGGAGGGAAACUGCCGAAAGGUGUGCUUCUGGUGGGCCCUCCAGGGACCGGUAAGACCCUGUUGGCCAGAGCGGUGGCAGGAGAAGCCGACGUUCCGUUUUACUACGCCUCCGGCUCGGAGUUCGAUGAGAUGUUUGUCGGAGUCGGAGCCAGCCGCAUCAGGAACCUUUUUAGGGAAGCUAAGGCUAAUGCUCCUUGUGUGAUCUUCAUCGAUGAACUGGACAGCGUGGGUGGGAAAAGGAUCGAGUCCCCCAUGCACCCCUAUUCCAGACAGACCAUCAAUCAACUGCUUGCCGAGAUGGACGGGUUCAAAACAAAUGAAGGGGUCAUCAUUAUUGGAGCCACCAACUUCCCAGAGGCUUUAGAUAACGCCCUGAUCCGCCCAGGACGAUUUGACAUGCAGGUGACCGUCCCCAAGCCAGACGUAAAGGGACGCACAGAAAUCCUCAACUGGUACCUGAAGAAGAUUAAGGUGGACCCAGCCAUUGAAGCCAAGAUUAUUGCACGGGGAACGGUGGGCUUCUCUGGGGCAGAUCUGGAGAAUCUGGUGAACCAGGCUGCCCUGAAGGCAGCAGUAGAUGGCAAAGACAUGGUCACUAUGAAGGAGCUGGAGUUUGCCAAAGACAAAAUCCUCAUGGGCCCAGAGAGACGGAGUGCUGAAAUUGACAAGAAGAACAAGAUCAUCACGGCAUACCAUGAAUCGGGCCACGCCAUCGUGGCUUAUUACACCAAAGACGCCAUGCCCAUCAACAAGGCCACUAUCAUGCCACGGGGACCGAGUCUGGGACAUGUGUCCAUGCUGCCGGAGAACGAUCGCUGGAGCGAGACGCGUGCUCAGCUGCUGGCUCAGAUGGACGUCAGCAUGGGCGGGCGUGUUGCGGAGGAGAUCAUAUUCGGCAACGAGUACAUCACAACAGGAGCAUCGAGCGACUUUGACAGCGCCACCAAGAUCGCUAAGAUGAUGGUGACUCGGUUUGGAAUGUGCGAAAAGUUGGGUGUGAUGACCUACACUGAUAUGACGGAGCAGAGCCCAGAAACCCAAGCCGCCGUGGAGCAGGAAGUCAGGGUGUUAUUAAGGGAGUCUUACGAGCGAGCAAGAGCCCUACUGAAGUCUCACGCCAAAGAGCACAAGAACCUCGCCGAUGCGCUUCUCUCGUAUGAGACGCUGGAUGCCAAAGAGAUCCAGCUGGUCUUGGAGGGAAAGACACUAGAGACCAGAUGAAAGACAAGGCAACACAAAGUUAAAAAAAAACAAACAAGGUGUCUGUUUUUAGUUGUAUUAUUUUCAAAGAGACUCAGGGCUUGUAUAAAAACCUCUGAACCAGUGCAUUAGAACAUUUUAGUGUGGUUGUCAGACUUGACAUUAUCCCCACAACAGCGCUUGUGUACUGAAAGGCUUUUUCCCAUCGAGAAUUAUGUCUGAAAUCAUCGAUUAAUGCUGGCACGAGUACCUACAUCUUGUAAACGUUUGCUCAGGAGGAAGUCCUCGCAUGUGAAUGUAAAUAUGCACCACAACCAGAAAAAAGCAGCUGCUAUAAUUCACUUUCUGUUCAGCUGCAUGUGGGUUUAAUGUCAACGUCAAGCUGAUCCCAAUCCGCUACUCAUAGUUGUCUGUUGUGUCCUCAUGAACUGUAGUUACUUUUUUUUUUUUUUUUUUUUUAAAGUAAGGUUGCCUUUUGGGGAAUGUACUGCAUAUACAAUUUGUUUUCCCAGUAAUUUUUUUUAUUUUUAAGUGUCAUUUCAUCACAGCAUUUUUUUGCUGUGUGUCAGAAACUGCUGCUGUGUACCGGUGGUCCUGGCGUUCUGGUUACGUAAUACAUAGGCGCUCCCUAUCUUUUGGUCCGUGAAACUCACUUAAGAGCUAGUUACAGCGCAGUGUGCUGAAGAAGAAUAUAUUGUGUAAGCCGCUCUAGAUGCAAAAAAAAAAAAAAAAAUGCGUUUGCGCUGAUUUUCAAGCACACUUUGUACGUCCAAUGUUUUUUUGACAUAUUUGGGCAAAAUGUCACACUGUGUUGUCCACCACAUGUGCACCUCACAUACAUACUGUAAUUAGUAUAGCCAACACACAUACUUAAUAUUUACUAAUAUACAAUUUAUUCCCUUCCCAUACCAUACCGAUGUAAGAAACCGGCAGGCCCAUUCAACAUUUCUGAUGAAUGGAACUCAUACGGAACCUCCAGGGCCACAUGUACAUGGUAUUGGUAUUUCUACCUAGUACUUUACACAUAGCUCCAAAUGUACUGCAGGACUGAGGGAAGGUUUUGUUUAUUAUGAUUAUUGCUGUGCCCACUUUUAGCUUUUUUUUUUUUUUUUUUAGCACACCUCCCCACUCUACCCUCCCCGCCCCCAUUCGCCCAUCAAUUUUCUUUUGGCCUUUUUGCCCUUAUGUAGCUGUAUAUAAGAGUGGAAUGUAAUGGGAGAAUUGUAAAUAGAUGUACAUUAAAGUGUCUUGUGUGCAUUGAAAAUAUACAUUUUGCUUUUGAUUGAACUGUUAAAGAAAUAGUAGAAUUAUAUGUAGAUGCAAUAAACCGUUUUUUAUUU